AUCACUUUAUAUUUUUUACUGCCUUUUAUUUUGGUUGUUUUCAACAUAGGUCUUGAAUUAUAUGUGUAGAGAAGUUCGUUUUUACACACAUUUAAUGUGUUUUCUAACUAAGCAAACAACACACCAAGUAUCACAAAAUAAUUUAUUUGUACAACUGCUUUUAGAUACUAAAAAAAGAACCUUAUAUGAGUAUGUAGGGAAUAAAUCUGAAGAGAAAAAAAAAUAAAAAGAAAAAACUAUGAUGUAAAAACAAGCAGAUCAUAGGAAAGGAAUGUGUCAACCUAAGUUGCCAGGCUUUUAUUUAUUUAUUCAUUUAGCAAGGUUUAGAGAGAACAAAAAAAAAAAAGAAAUACUUGUGUGUUGCAAGAGGUUUAGGGGAAGUGACUGCUGAAACCAGAGUAUAAAUGGUUUGCAAGGUCAGUCUUUGGAACAGUUAAUGAGUAAAAUAGGAGUGGAAAUAACACAAAGUAAUAAAAAAAAUAGGGUGCAAUACUGAAUGUGUUGGAUGAGUUUGAAUCUCUAGAAUGUUGUUCCUGGGCUACACAGCUCUGCUCUUAUGUUGGAUGUACUGUUCUGCAGAAAGAGCUUGUGAACAACCUCCUCCUAGGAGGGUUAAGGAAGUGCCUACUAAAGUAUGGGACAAACCUCCCUAUCCACAUGGUACUCAAGCAACAUACAAUUGUCGACCUGGAUAUAUAAAACAUGGACGAAUUGUGUUUCAGUGCACUGAUGGAAUGUGGCAGCAGCAGGCCCCAAGGAUAGAAUGCAGAAAUAAGCCCUGUGGGCAUCCUGGAGAUGCUCAGUUUGGUUCCUUUGAACUUACCGUGGGACAUGAAUUUGUAUUUGGUGCCAGAGUUGAGUACAGAUGUAAUGAUGGAUACCAGAUGCUCAGCCAAAGAAAUUACCGUGAGUGUCAAGCAGAUGGAUGGAGCAACGAUAUCCCUUACUGUGAAGUGGUAAAGUGUUUACCUGUAGAGGCACCAGAAAAUGGAAAAAUAAUUAUGGCUGGUGUAUUUGAGCUAGACCAAGAAUAUUCCUUUGGCCAAGUUGUACAUUUUGAAUGUAAUGCAAAAUACAAGCUUGUUGGAGCUAAAGAAAUAAUUUGCUCAUCUGAUGGAAGAUGGAGUGAUGAUGUGCCUCAGUGCCAAGGUAUUAUCUGUGAUGUGCCAGAAAUUCUGAAUGGAUAUGUAACUUCUCAGAAGAAGUCUUACAAGGAAUUGGAAAUACUGCGGUUUUCCUGUGAUAAGGGAUACAGAUCUGGCGAAAGAGAAGAUGCCCUAUGCACUGAAACAGGAUGGAAUCCACCUCCCUAUUGCACUAAAGUUGUAUGCUCUCCUCCAGUAAUUCGCUAUGGGAUCUUUGGACCUAAAAAACCCAGCUACGAAGAAGAUGAUACAAUCAAUGUACAGUGUGAUAAUGGAUAUCGUUUUAAAGCACCAACUGGCGGAUCCACAGCUAAAUGCACCAAGAAUGGCUGGGUGCCACCUCCAGAUUGCGUCUCGAAACCAUGUAACUACCCAAAUAUAGCAAACGGCAGGUUGGAGCGGUUCUCAGGGCUUUACUUUCCAUUGGAAAUUGGGCAGAUUGUUGAGUACACCUGUUACGAUGGUUAUUUAACCCUCAGUGGAAAUACCUGGCAACAAAUUUCGUGUUCUGUGAACGGCUUGGAUCCAGAGCCAAAAUGCCUGAAAAUAUGUAAAACCGGACAGAUACAACAUGGUCGUGUGCCAAAAUUCCAGACUCAGAGAUAUUACAAAGAAGGUGAUACAACUGCAUACGCCUGCCGCAGUGGCUACCAGGCUGAGCAUGAAGAAGUCACGUGCACAAGGAAUGGCUGGUUACCUGUUCCAAGAUGUGUCCUUGAAAAAAAAUGCGAGACUAGGGUUUUUGAGAAUGGUUAUUUCACCUUGUCACAGCCAACAUUCCGUUUAAAAGAAGUGGCCUCGUAUAGGUGUCGAGAUGGCUUUGCAACUGCAGAAGGACAAGACGAAGGAGAGACACAGUGCCGAGAAAAUGGCUGGACUCCACCUCCAAAAUGCAUCAGAUCAUGUAAAGCACCAAAGGACAUUUUGAUUAACCACACAAAUAAAACUGUGUUCGUUCCUGGAGAUAGAAUUGAGUAUUCAUGUUUGGAAGGAUAUAAAAUUGCAGAUUCUAAACCAACCACAAUGUGUGGCAUAAAUGGUGAAUGGAGUCCAGCACCUGUGUGUACCGUAAUAGAAUGUGGCCUGCUGGAAUUGCCCAAUGGAUAUUUUUCUCCCAAGAAGGAUAAAUACUUGAAUGGAGAUGUUGUGACAUUUUCCUGUGCAAAGAAUUUUGUAAGAGUGGGAUUUGCCUCUGCUCAGUGCUACUCCUCUGGAUGGUUUCCAUUACCACCUGUGUGUAAAGAAAUCUAUUUUCUCAGCUCUUUUUGUUUAUUUUUUUCAGAUCCAUCUCCUCAGUGUGAACUUCCAGUGGAUGUUGACUUAGUGAGCCCUGAUCAACAUCCCAUGUCAGAAAGCAGGACUGAGUUUCAUGAAGUUAUACAUUACAGAUGUGCAUCAACUGACAAAAACAUUAAACAAGCAACUUGUGUGUCUGGAAAAUGGACAUCAGAGACUGAGUGUCCAGAUGAGGAGGGUAUGUGCCCGCCUCCACCUCCGGUGUCUGAUGUUCAACAGACAACAGUUGGAAGAUAUUACAGGAAUGGGAGUAAAAUAGCUUAUUCAUGUCCCAGCGGAUUCCAGCUCAUCGGUGCAAAUGAAAUAACCUGUACAGAAGGGAAAUGGCAAUCACCACCUCACUGUGUGGAAAGACCAUGUUUGCCACCACAGACUGUAGAAUGUGCUGAUCCUCGCAGGCUGGAAAAUCCAAACUUAAAAACUGAAAAGGAAGAGAAAUCAAUUUAUCUGGCCGGUACUAAAUUUAAGUAUGUUCCUCGUUCUGGAUACAUAAUAAAUGGAUCAACAGAGAUAACUUGUACUAAGGGAGAAUGGACUGCAGGUCCUGAAUGCUUGGAAAUGUCAUGUGGAAGUAUUCCAGAAGUUGCCCAUGCUCAAUUUGAAGGCAGAAACACGAAAACUUAUUAUCCUGGAGAAACAGUUCUCUACCGGUGUGAUGCAGGGUUCCAGACUGUUGGUUCCCCUGAAAUUAUUUGCAGAAAAGGAAAUUGGACAGCGCCACCCUCCUGUGAAGCUAUUCGCUGUGGACCUCCACGUAAUAUCCCAAAUGGUAAUAUUGCAAGCACUUCACAGGAGACGUAUCUGUCCGGUGCCAGGGUGCAUUAUCAAUGUGAAAGCAGUUUUCAAAUGAUAGGUGAAAAUUUCAUCACUUGUAUAGAAGGUGAAUGGUCACAAGCACCAGAGUGCAGAGAUACGAGAUGUAAACCUCCUCCAGAAAUAGCUGGUGGUAGAAUUGAUAUGAAAAAGUCAAGGUAUCUCCCUGGAGAGACUGCUAACUAUGAGUGCUGGCAAGGCUUUGAGAUGACUGGGACUUCCACAGUAGUGUGCCAGAAUGGGAUCUGGACAGAGCUGCCCAAGUGCAAAGGAAGAGGUGGGAAUUGUGGCAAACCUUCAGGUAUUGAAAACGGAGAGAUUCUUUCCUCCCUCAUGUCAGAAUAUGAACAAAAAGCAGUUCUGGAAUACAAAUGCCCAAACUUCUAUGUCUUGGAAGGAUCUAAAUAUAUCACUUGUACUGAUGGCAAGUGGUCAGACCCUCCUGUUUGCCUAGUGGCUUGUACAGCAUCAAAAGAAGAUAUGGACAGAAACAAUAUUGAGCUGAGAUGGUCCGAAAGUACCAAGCUGUAUUCCACAUCAGGUGACACUAUUGAAUUUCAGUGUAAACCAGGAUAUUUGGAGGAGCAAGAGAAAUCCCGCUACAGAACCAAGUGUGUGGAGGGGGUGAUAGAUUACCCGCGAUGCAGGCCGAGAAACAACUGUAUAGUGGAUACGAACCAUAUGGAAAGCAACAAUAUUCAACUACAGCCAGGCCAAUCAAUAACUUCCACCUAUCGCUCUGGGAAUGAGAUUUUAUUUAAAUGCAAAACAGGGUACCAGCGAGUUUCAAGACCCGAGAAAUUUAGAGUACGGUGCCGGGAUGGAGUGAUUACAUAUCCUACAUGUAGACGUAAGUGGUCUUCUCCAUAAAUGAAAAUGGCAUGAAGGAGGCCAGCUGUGGAAAUGAAAGAGCCCUCAGCCAACCCAGUGAUUUGAGCUCAAGUUUUCCUGGUGUUUCCCGUUUUGCUGUGCUUUUUUUGCAGCUUAGCCAGUGUUCUGCCUUGUUAUAUUAUUUUUAUUAUUGGAUGAUUGUGUUUGUGUUAUUAUCCACAUUUUAUCAAUUUUUGUAAAUGUAUUUACAUUUUGUCCAUCCAAAUGGCUGUGCUUGCAUUUUAUCCAUUCUAUCCAUCCCACUAUUAUUUUUACUAACAAUUGUGUCCUGAAAUAGGCUGGCUUUGGUGACAUACUGAGACAAGAAUUAAAGCUCAUGGGUAAUUUGAUUAUCA